GGACAUGGCUCAAGCAAAGUACUCUAAAGAAGAUGCGACUCUCUUUCCGACAGACGACCCGACGCUCAUAUCGUUUGACUAUGGCGCACCAGGGCCUGACCUCCUUCCAGUAAAGUUGAUACCCAUCGCAGCUCAGACACGGUUUGCUCGCGAUGAUGCGGACCAUGCAUUGCAAUAUGGUCCCGUUUUGGGGGAUAAGGAAUUUCGAGUGGAGUUGGCAAAGUUUUUGACCAAAGAGUAUGCUGAUGUACCAGUGAACUAUGAGAAUUUGGCUGUGACGAGUGGAGCCACGCAGUCGUUUUUCAAUAUCAUUACACUCUUUACCUACUCCAAAACCAUUUUCCUGGUCGAAGACCCAACGUACUUUCUUGCUAUUCGCAUGCUCGCUGACCAUGGUUUCUCUGGCGACCGCUUGAUCCCCAUCCCAACCGACGAACACGGACUCCAGGUUGACGCCGUUGCGGAAACCCUCUCCAGACUCUCGUCCACGCAAUCGGACGACACGUGUCCCCCGGGACGGUACCCGUACCUUCUCUACCUUGUCCCUAAUCACAACAAUCCAACAGGAUCAACGCUUAUCAGCACACGACGCGAACAACUAGUCAAGUUGGCCCGCAAACAUAAUGUCUUGGUUGUCUGCGACGAUGUAUAUAACCUAUUGCACUACGACCCUACGACACCGCCUACAAAGCGGGUGGUCGCUUAUGAUGAUCUAAAAGGCUCGGGCAACGUGAUUUCCAACUGCAGUUUUAGCAAAAUAUUUGCCCCGGGUGUUCGCGUGGGUUGGAUAGAGGCUGCGACGGGCAUCAUUAACCGGCUGGCGGGGUCGGGUGUCAUGUACAGUGGCGGUUCACCAAACCACCUGACAACCGGCCUUCUCACCUCUCUUCUUCAAACCUCUCACUUUUCUCAAAACCUUGUCUCCCUCCGCACCACUUACGCAACACGCAUGAACGCCAUGAUUACUACCCUCCAAACCCAUCUCCCUCCUACGGCCCACUUUGUCCCCCCCAAAGGCGGUUACUUUAUCUGGAUCACCCUUCCUCCGCACAUUAACACAACGCAACUGAAACAGGCCCUCUUUUCCUCGUCUACCACUGCAAACCCAGUAUUUUCAUCACUCGUCAAGGAACGCGUGAGCUUUAAACCCGGCGCAGAGUUUUCGCUCAAAGGGGAUACGUGUCAGAAUUGCUUGAGAUUGAGUUUUGCGUACUAUGAUGUCAAUAUUUUGGUGGAGGGGUGUAAGCGCUUGUGUAGGGUUCUUAAAAGUGUUUGUUGAAACUAUUAGGCAUUUUGAGGAUUCUUUUGCUUGUCUUUUGUGUUUUCUCAAAAACGGUCUUUUCGAAAAGGUGGUGGAUCAAAAUGGAAUUCAUCUUUGGUGCGUCACAGCAGA